UAGGUUCUGUUCAAUAAAUUUGAAACAAAACAAACGUAACAUUAGCUGAUUAGCAAGUAAUUUGUUAUUUUGCGUAUGUAAUGUCAUGCAUUCUGUGAAGUUAGCUAGCUGACUAGUUACCUUGCUAGACCAAUUACCUAUAAGGCACGCUAAAUCGUGUAGUUGGCUAAUUACUUGUGCAUCUGCUCACCGGGGACAUUGGAAUCUGGAAACUAGUCACCAGAUUGUCGUCUAAAAUAUCCCUCAUGUCUACAUCUAACUUCAAAAACAAAUGUGUCUCUCAAGUGAGCUGUAUAUACUGCGACAGCUUACUCUGUACGAGAGGAAUGAAAGCUGUGCUUUUAGCAGAUACAGACAUCGAGCUAUUUUCGACUGACAUACCACCAAACAGAACUGUCGACUUUGUCGCAAGCUGCUACUCCACAGACAGCUGUAAAUGCAAACUAAGAGACAUUGCAUGUCUGAAAUGUGGUAAUGUUGUGGGGUAUCACGUGGUCGCCCCAUGCAAACCCUGCCUGCUGUCCUGCAACAACGGUCACUUCUGGAUGUUUAACAGUGACGCGGUCUCCACGGUCAACAGGCUGGACUCAUCAGGGAUGAACCUCUUGCUGUGGGGGGACCUGCCGGAGCUGGACGGCAGCGAGGACGAGGGUGAAGACAGCCCUUCUGAAGAGGAGUGGAUCAGAUAGAGUGGGAGCGGGGCCCCGAGUCCUGCCACGUGCCACACUGGUGCCCGCUCCCUCUCUCCCUCCCCCUGUCUCUCAGGUUCCAACCACUCGGCUCCAGCCUUGCAUCAUACUGUAAUUGGCAGCACUUGGAGCGCACCUUAAUUUGCGUGCACUAUCAUUGCUUUCAUUCGUACCUACUCUUCACUUAGACUCUGACUGACGCAGCUAGCUGUACUUGUUAUGGCUGUCCUCCAUUUGCAACUCAUGUUUUGUCACAGGUUUUAAGAGCUCCAGGGCUACAGCUAAUAGGAUGGCAUUUCAGGUUCUGCCACUACUACAUUACUGAAGAGUGCCACGAGUGUUGUGUGGAUGUCUUUUCUGGCAUAUCAAAGCAUUUUUGUCAGAGAUUUUUACCUUGCUACUGUACUUUGAACAUAUCAUUAUAGGAAACCACAGGCACCUGUAUUUCACAGGCAUAAAAACAACAUUACAAUACCUUGUCUUGCCUCCUGUAAAGCUGCUAAUCAUUUUAAAGAC